CUCGACUGUAAAAAAAAUAGAGCACCUUAUUAGUUGGAUAAUUACUUAUGUCACUAGAUAUAUAUCGCCAACCUUGAAUGCCGGUAUGAUCCGGUGGAGAUGCUGCUGAGGGAACGGGAUUUAGGGACCCCUGCUGCCUUUUUAUUUUGGCCCGCACGCAAGCCGACCGACCGCGCAAUCCUGACCUCUGCCCUGCGAGCCCCUCCCUCCCCCCAGCCUAGCUUUCCAAGCCUUCCAACAUUUUCCGUGCGCUCGUCCACAGCCAGCCCAGCCCGCCCGCACUCGUCUCUGCGCCUUGGCCCCUGGCUCACCCCCUCCCAAUUUCCUGCGUUGUCCUUCUCUUAAGACCUUCUCGGUGCCCAUCGCAUCGCAUCGCCGCUCUCCACCUCACCUUCAACAGCACACCGGCGUCGACUGUGCGGCUGAACAAAGGGCAGAAACACCACAAGCACCAGUUUGGACCGAGUUCAGCACAAAGGCGGAGACCAACGUUCUCGGAGGAGUCAGCCACCGAAACCCCCGACCGACAGACGGACACGGGACAAUCCAAUCCAUAAUCCAACAAUACCACGCGGUCGCCGCCAGUUGUUCCCAGUCUAUCAAAGAGGAAAGAGGAGGCAAUCAAUCAACUCCGUUACACUGAUCCAAGACCACCCGAACAACAGCAUUGCGCUGGCGUAACGCAACAGCCCACGCCCACGCUCCCUAUCGGCCGAAUCGAUUGUCCAUUCCUCGCUUCUCGCCAUCUAUUUUUCUUCGUCGAUACCAGCAGGCAGAGUCUAGUUUGAGAGAGGGGGCGCCUGACACCACCAACCAUGAAGGCUUUACGGAGGUCCAUCAAGGGGGAGAAGGAGAACAAGCCACAUAUCAGCAUUGCUCCAAAAUCAGCUGUUGCCAUUCAGCCUCCCAAGAAGGUGAUCCGAGCACUCUACGAUUAUGAAGCUUCAAAUCCUCAAGAGUUGAGCUUUUCCCGCGGUGACUUCUUCCACGUUAUCGGGCGCGAGAACGACCAAGAUUGGUAUGAGGCCUGCAACCCCGCUCUUCCGGACGCCCGCGGCCUAGUGCCCGUUGCAUUCUUCCAAGCUCUUGGACGCACCGAGCGUGAUAGUGGCCAGUCCCAACCCGACACGGCCCGCUCAACAAACUCGACAAAAGGCCCGGAUAACGAUUCCGGCUACGGAGAUGCAUCCACCGUCGGCACGGCGACACCCGCCGCCAGCCAGCGGAGCUCCAAAAUCUCCGGAAAGUCUGGGGCUAUGGUGUAUGGUGUUGUCAUGUACGACUUCCAAGCGGAACGCGGGGACGAGCUGGAUGCCAAGGCGGGCGAAGCUAUCAUUGUGAUUGCCCAGUCCAACCCCGAGUGGUUUGUCGCAAAGCCGAUUGGGAGACUCGGUGGUCCCGGUCUGAUUCCCGUCUCUUUUGUCGAGAUCCGAGAUAUGGCGAGCAACACACCCGUGGCAAACCCUCAAGAGUCUGUUCGCAGGGCGGGCAUCCCCAAGGUGGAGGAGUGGAAGAAGAUGGCAGCCGACUACAAAAACUCCAGCAUCACGCUUGGCAAGUUUGAUGUUGGCGGCGCGCCAAUUGAACAAGGCAUGGAGCGCAUGAGUCUCCAGCAGCAACCGAAUGGGCGAACGAGCCAAGUGCCGGCGGGUAACUAUCAGCAACCGCAGUCACCACCACAGCAACAGGCGCAAGUGCAACCCCAACAAGCAUACAACGCGCAGCAGCCAGUCCAGCAACCAGGCUACGCCGCCCGACAAAGCUCAGAAGUUGCUGCUCCGGUAUCCGCUCAGAUUCCCAGAUACUGUUUCGCCGAGGAAAAGUACUGGUUUGUGAUCGAGGCCGAGCUGGAGGACGGACGAACUUGGGAGCUUUCCCGAUACUACGAAGAUUUCUACGAUUUUCAGAUUGCGCUCUUGACCGAGUUCCCCGUAGAGGCUGGUACGACCGGGAAGAAGCAGCGCACGUUACCGUACAUGCCCGGUCCCGUAAAUUACGUCACCGACGCCAUCACAGAAGGGAGACGCCACAACCUGGACGCCUACGUCAAGAGUUUGCUCGCACAGCCACCAUACAUUUCGAAAUGCGACCUGGUGAAGCAGUUCUUUGCGCCGCGGGAAGGAGACUAUGAGAUUGAUCCCACAGCGCAAGGAGAGGAAUACCGGUUGUCUGGCGGAUCCCAGCCAUCCUCGACAGACUCGCCAGCGGAUGGAGCAUCGCGGCAAUCAUCUCGCCAAAACCUCAACUCAAACGGUAAUGGGUACGCUGGCCUUUCCGCGCCGGCACGACAGAUGGGAGGUGGUCAGCCAGCAGUAAGCAGACAAGUCUCCUCCCUGUCACAACCCUCGCAAUCAUCCCUCUCACCAGGCAUCCAGCAACCCGGAGCCCAAAUGAAGGUCAAACUCAGCUACAACGGAGACAUCAUCGCCAUCAAGGUGCCGCAAGAUAUCAACUUCCGCUCCUUGUACGACAGAAUCACCGAAAGACUCAAGAUCCCAGGAGGAGAGAUGGUCCAGCUGUCAUACAAGGAUGAGGCCACGGGUGACAAGCCACCGCUGAUGAGCGACAAUGAUCUGGACAUUGCUCUGAGUCGAAACGAGAAGCUGCUGCUCUAUGUUGAAUAGGUGGUGUAGAGCGUUUGCACGCACGCGUUUUGUUCUCUGUUUCUCUCCUGGUUUACUGGGAUUUUCUCACUUGCGUUUUUACGUUGCACCAAGUAUACCCAACCUCUUUGUUUGUUUUGUUUUGAUGCUAUUCGGACCCCGCAUUGCAACCGACGACGACGAAUCUACAAGAACGCGUUUAUGUUUUUUUGGCCACGGGAAUGGAGGAGGUGGAGAAGGCAGGCCUAUUUAUACCCUCCAUGAAAGAAAGACAAUACCUUGGCACGUUACCGCAUCAGAGCUUGAUAUGUUAUGCCUUUUCUUUGCUUGGAUGCCGGUGGAGGGGGAGAGGGAUGGAAGGAAGCUGGGGCUGGAACGUGGUCACGGAGGGAUCUUGACUAGGUUUUUCUUUUCUUCCUCUGUUGAGUUGUUUCGGUUGUGAUGGAUGGAAUGAAAUGAAAUGUACAUGUGUUUAUGGCAGGCGGGGAUAACAAAAAUGAUGAAUUGUGAUUUUCCUUCUCUGGCUCUUUACGUUUUUGUGUCUCUGGUGGGGAACAUUAUGGUCUUGAGUGGUUGGAGAGAUCGGAAGGUGGUUGAGGGUAGGGGAUGGUGGAUGAAUGCGGUGGGGCUUUGACACUUGUUUCUUGGUUGCGGAGUAGACAGAUGGAUUUGCUUCUUGUUGGGGGUAAUUGAUAAGAUGGUUUGUUUUUGAUGACCGGGUUGUGUUCAUUGAUGCUCUUUUGUGGUAUUGCGAGAGGGAAGCUUCCAUUUGCUCCC